AAAACAGCUGUUUGGAUGCUGAUCUGGGGGAGGUUUAUUAAGUUUCGAAAUGGCGUUUUAAACCUGUUAGGGAUGUGUAUAACUGACUCUGGAACAGCUUUUGAACGCCGUAUUUCCUUUCAUUCUUCACGUUAUGUGAAUUUGUAACCGCUUCCUUGUGUCAGUGGGGACAUCUGUUAAGGUGCUAUCAUGCUUCAGAGUGUUUUAUAUCAUCGGUUGUUUCAUGCUAACGCCAAAGUCUUACAAAAAUGUGUUCAGACCCAAGCUGUGAGACUUGCACACAAUGUUUUAAGGAGAGAAACUGGACAAAAACAAACGCUGUUACUCCGGAGAGUUCCCUGCUACCUGGUGAAUGUGAGUCAGUGGUACACCUGCAGAACACAAUGGCUGAGUCGACAUAGCUCCAGAACAUUUUCCUCAGUACCUCCAUCAGGCGCUAAGCCGAAGAAGGCUGGGCCAGUGACAUGGAAAUCUUUAGCAAUAACCUUUGCUGUCGGAGGCGCUCUGCUUUUAGGGAUGAAAUAUGCCAAGAAAGAAAAAGAAGAAAAGAUGGAAAAAGAGAGGAACAAAUCGAUAGGCAGACCGGCGCUGGGCGGUCCGUUCUCACUUAUUGAUCACAACAACAAACCCACCAAAAGUGAGGACUUCCUGGGCCAGUGGGUCCUCAUCUAUUUUGGGUUUACGCACUGCCCUGACAUCUGCCCAGAUGAAAUAGAAAAAAUGAUUGAAGUAGUGGAUGAAAUAGACAAAAUAAAGCCUCUUCCAAACCUGACGCCCAUCCUCAUCACCAUCGAUCCUGACAGGGACACGCCAGAAGCCUUGGCUGCAUAUGUGAAAGAGUUUUCUCCAAAGCUGAUUGGUCUGACUGGGACAGCAGCUCAGAUUGAGCAGGUUUCCAGAUCCUACAGAGUGUAUUACAGUCAGGGACCAAAGGAUGAAGACAACGACUACAUUGUCGAUCACACCAUCAUCAUGUACCUCGUGGGGCCUGAUGGAGAGUUUGUGGAUUAUUUUGGACAGAACAAAAGAAAUGUGGAGAUCACCGGCUCCAUAGCAGCACAUAUGAGAAAGUACAAGAAUAGGCAGUGAGCGGCAGCCUGGGCUGCUGCUAUUCUCAGGUGUUAUUGUAUCACUGCCAUUUUAUGGUGGCAGUCUUCAUUUCGUUUGGACACACUGUUGUACAAAGUUAAUAGGUAUGCAGUGAUAUUCCUUCCAGUGGGGGUGUGCAGAACAGAACAGAGCAGUUUGAUCUGAUGCUGUCAUGUUGCUCUUUAUUUUUAUCCAUAAUACACUUCACACUGCUGCUCAGUAGACAUACUGUAAUCUGGUACAGGUGCUUCCUGCUUGAAAAUAUAGAAUAACAAACAACGAGGAAAUACCUGAGGAAGUUGGAAGAAUGAAGUGAAGUAAUUAUUUGAUUUUGUGAUACAAGCCAAUAUCUAGAGAUUGUUGGAUUUGUGUGUGUGUGUGUGUGUGUGCGCUUAAGAAGCAAUGCUCACAGUUGUGCUGUCAUAAGAGACAUUACAGCCGACUGCACCAAUCCUCAACAGGUUCAAAUAAUUUGACUUAUCAGUUAAUUAAGAAGUAAUUGUAACAUCUUUACACAGGAUAUUUAUGUUUUGGAGCACUGAUAUGUUUAUUUAUUUUUGAAUAUGGUGGCAAGUUUUACUGGGACAACAAGUAAAAUAAAUGUAUAUUAUUAUUGUAUAUUAUUGUUAUCAUUUCCUAAUGGAUUUUCACAAGCCACAAAGAAAUUGAAUUAACCAAAGAGCACACUGGAUAGCUGGGCAGUUUCGUGAGGGCAGGAAGUUGUGGGAAAUAUGAGAAAUGAAAGCCCGUCAGACAAAUGUUGCCUUAAAGCUAUAACUUGACUAUACUGAGUUGCAGCUGGGGUACAUGAAUGUGGUUUGUUUUUACAUGUGUAUACAUAAAGUUCAAGUUAAAUAAAAGUAGCGGAAACAACCCAGGGCACCAGGUUUACAUUAAUGACGUGUUUGACAGUGGUUCUAACAAGAUGUUUUGUCUUCAUCACGGUGUGAGGAUUUGUACACUGAGAGCUUGGUUUCUGCUGUUUCUACCACCUAAAACUGUAAUCACCAUCUGUUGGACUAAUCUCAGGCUGAUGAGGAUUUAUUUCAAAACAUUGUGCCUUUAGCUUAUUAAAGCUGAAGUAAAGAGGUACAAGCAUCUUGAGAACAGUGAGAAUCCACAGUUUGUUGCAGCUGGACUAAAACUACUAGGUAUGCACUCACACAUGUUGCUACUUGUACUGUCUGUUUUAUCAGUUUGUGUGAAUCUUGUAUGCAUUUUAAUGUUUUAUCCAUCUGUGUGCCUUGUGUUAAGCACUUUG